CUGAAUCAGUUACAAACAGCCACCGAGGCGGACAACAAGCGUCGAUCGUGUUCUUCCAUUCCACUCGGAAAAGAAUUAAGUAAAACUCGAAGAAUAACAAAGAAAGAAAAUUUACUAAAAAAUUUCCAUCACCAAAAAAACAAAGAGUGGAAAAUAAAAAAAGAAAAACUAUUUGAAAACAAACAUACGGCGCAUUGUGGAAAAGUGAUCGUGAACUUGAAAGAACCAAAGAAAAGGAAAUCUAUGAAAGAUUGCUGUUUGGGUGUUCGGAAAGCAUUCAUUGUUUACGGUUACCUAAUGAAAAGUUAAAGCCGCAGCAGCCAAAAACAAAGAAACGUGUUUUAUCUAAACUCAUCAUAAACGACAACAAAAAGAAAACACUGAGAAUAUUGAAACGUGUGGAGUAAGAGGAAGAGAAGAAAAAAAACUUUCCAUUCCACCAAAAACUCACACACACACAUACACACCCAAAAAAAAACAAGCAUUAUUAAAUAAUUCUCAAAAGAUCACCCGAUCUCUUGUCGUCCAUUACAAAGUGCAGUUUUUAGUCGGCGUUCGUCAAUCAUCAAAGAAGAAAAGAGAAGCGGCAUCAUGAGUUCCACAAUUGGUCUAAGUUUGGGACGUGCCACCACAAAUGGCUGUUCAACGGCAGUUUUAAAUGGAGCUGCCACUUGCCAUGUGAUUGCCUCGAAGACUCUUAAUGGCAGCAAUCUCCAUACCAUGAAUGAGCCAACAGCGGCGCCAACCGCCAAAUGCCCCGAUUUGGCAGCCAAAGUUAUACAGAAAUCCCACAUUGUCUGCUUCGAUGUGGACUCGACGGUGAUACGUGAGGAGGGUAUUGAUGAAUUGGCCGAUUUCUGCGGCAAAGGCUCCGAAGUGGCCCGUGUAACCAAGGAAGCCAUGGGCGGUUCAAUGACCUUCCAGGAUGCUCUGAAAAUUCGCCUGGACAUCAUUAGACCUAGCCAACAGCAGAUCCAUGAUUUUCUCAAAUCCAGACCGAGCACAUUGACACGCAAUGUUAAGCGUUUCGUGGAACACCUCAAGGCCGAGGGCAAACAGGUCUAUUUGAUUUCGGGUGGUUUCCAUUGUCUCAUCGAACCGGUGGCCAAUGAGUUGCAGGUACCUCUCUCCCAUUUGUAUGCCAAUAAGCUGAUGUUCUACUGCAAUGGUGAAUAUGCCGCCUUCGAUACCAAUCAACCCACUUCCCGUUCGGGCGGCAAGGCAGAGGCUAUCGCCCACAUACGCAAACAAUACGAAGCCGAUACUGUGAUAACAAUGAUCGGGGAUGGUGCCACCGAUCUGGAGGCCGUACCACCGGCAAACUAUUUCAUUGGUUUUGGUGGUAAUGUGGUGCGACCCGAAGUGUACAAAAGGGCCCAGUAUUAUGUAACGGAUUUUGAGCAAUUACUGUAAACAAGCAACAACAAUUGAAUUUAAGUUAUUUUGAAAAAGAAAGAAAAAGAUUAAUAUUUGAAAAUGAGAACAUUCUUCAUACCUCAAAGUGAAAAUUGCAAAAAAAAAAAACUUCAAGGCC